UGUUGAACUGCAUUAAUCAGACGGUCACAGAAGCAUCAUGUUGUUUUCUUUCUUUCUUUUGCUUACCUGUACCCAGCUUUGCCUAGGAACUAAUCCACGUGAUUAUAACGAUGAUGAUGAGGAUGACUACAAACCACCGGUAUGGAAGCCUUCACAAUCGAGAUAUAGACCAGUGAACCCCUGUUUAAAGAAGCCUUGUAAAUACAAUGGAGUCUGUAAACCCGACGGUGGCUCCUACAAAUGUAUCUGCAAAGGAGGAUACUAUGGAUACAAUUGCAAUCUAAAAAACGCAUGUAAACCAAACCCAUGUAAAAAUAAAAGUCAAUGUAUACCUGUUGGUAAAACAUUUAAAUGUGUGUGUAAAAAUGGAAACGUUGGAAGACUUUGCGAAAGAAAUGUAUGUAGCCCUAAUCCUUGUAAGAACAAAGGAAAGUGCGCCCCAUGGGGUAAGACAGGAUAUAAAUGUAGAUGUGGUGGAGGAUACACUGGUCCCCGAUGUGAAGUACAUGCUUGCAAACCAAAUCCAUGUAAGAACAACGGGAGAUGCUCUGCCGAUGGCAAGACAGGAUACAAAUGUAGAUGUGUCGGAGGAUACUCAGGACCUACAUGUCAAGAAAACGCCUGUAAACCAAACCCCUGUAGCAAUGGAGGAAAAUGCUCAGCUGACAAAUUUGGAGAUUACUCAUGCGAAUGUCGUAAAGGGUAUUUUGGUCCAGAAUGCGAGAGAUAUGUCUGUGCCCCUAAUCCAUGUAAAAACGGCGGGGCAUGUUCUUCUGAUGGAAGCGGUGGUUAUAAAUGUCGAUGUAAAGGAGGAUACUCAGGUCCAACAUGUAAAGUUAAUGUCUGUAAACCAAAUCCAUGCAAGAACAGUGGCAUGUGUGUCAACAAAGGCAGUAGCUACAAGUGUAACUGUAAAGGAGGUUAUUCUGGACCUACAUGUGGAGAAAAUGCAUGUAAACCUAAUCCAUGCCAGAAUAGAGGUCGUUGUUUUCCCGAAGGACGUGAUGGUUAUAGAUGUAAAUGCGUAAAUGGAUAUUCCGGUCCUACUUGUGAUGAAAAUGCAUGUAAACCCAAUCCUUGUCAAAACAAAGGCAGAUGUUCACCUGACAACAGUGAUGAUGGGUUUAAAUGUAGAUGUUUAGGAGGAUACAAAGGUCCUACAUGUGAAGAUAAACCAAACCCAUGUAACACAAAACCUUGCAAAAAUGGAGGAAGAUGUAGUUAUAAUGGAAAAACUUAUACCUGCAAAUGUGCUUACGGAUGGGGUGGAAGAAAUUGUACUACUAAAACCUAUAAACCAAACCCUUGUGUUGUUUCAAAGCCAUGCAAAAACAGAGGAACGUGUCUUUGGAAUGGGAAAACUUAUAGAUGCAAAUGCGCAUAUGGAUACAGCGGCAGGCAUUGCACUAAAAAAUCAUAUAAAAAGAACCCAUGUGCUUCAGGUCCAUGCAAAAAUAAAGGAAGGUGUACAGUUAAAGGAAACGGAUAUGUGUGUAAAUGUGCCAGAGGAUACAGUGGCAGAUAUUGUGCUAUUAAAUCCCCACCAUCAUAUGACGAUGACGAAUAUUAAAUUGACCUAGAAAUUUAAAAUUGUUUUUCAUUAUUAAAGGAUAUUUGAUAUUCA